AUGAAAUCGCAGCUAAAGGAACAGUUGACUCUGUCCCAAGCGGAGUCUGAGCGCAAUUUCUCCAAGUUUAAACGCUUCGCAGAGCGUGCCGAUAUUGGCAUCUUUCUCAUAGGAAUGGACGGGGUCUAUUCGUAUAGGAACGAAGCUUGGUUUGAGAUGCUUGGUCCAGUGGAUCCUGCAAUCGAUCUCGCUGACGCGUGGAGUAAGCUCAUCGACGAUGACUUCGUUGAAAUGGGACAAGCAAAGUUUGAGGAACUUGUCGAGACCAAACAGCAUCAAUCAUUUGAGUUGCGUCUCAAGAAGAGGUGGAAUGCGCCUACCCAGCAUAUGGAUGAUACAUUCCCCGAACAGGAGCCAAUGUGGGUCAUCACAUCCAUCUUCCCUGAGCUGGAUGAAAAUGGAGAAGUAGUAGAGAUCAUCGGUUGUUGUACCGACAUCAGCCAGCAGAAAUGGGGUGAGAAACUCCAGGCUACCCAGGCGACCAGGGCCCGAGAAUCUAAGCGCAGCCUGGAAAACUUUAUCGACACGACAUCACACGAGAUGCGAAAUCCUCUGUCCGCGAUCGUCCAGUGUGCAGAUAGUAUCAUCUCGGCUCACAAGAACUUCAGCAAGUCGACAGAUUAUCAGAAGGUCUAUCAGACUAUAUUAGAGACUACCGUCGACGCUGCCGAAACCAUCGUCCAGUGCUCGAAGCACAUGAAGACUAUUGUGGACGACGUGCUUACCAUGUCUAAGCUGGACUCAGGUUUAUUUGUAAUGACCCCAGUCGAUGUCAAAUUCGACUCAAUUGCGAGAGACGCGGUGAAGAUGUUCGAAGGUGAAGCCAAGUCAGCUGGUGUGGAUUUGCGAUUCCAGCUCGAAGAGUCAUGCAAAAAGAUCGCGGUUGAUCUCGUUUCGCUAGACCCUACAAGGGUCUUACAGAUACUUAUCAACCUCAUCACCAACGCAAUCAAAUUCACCCGACUAGAAGAGAUACGCGAGAUCAGGGUCAGUCUGGGCGUCUCCCUGAAGCAGCCGACCCACAGUUUCAGUGUGCCAUUCUCCCGUAGUUCGGAAACAUCAGAAGCAGCGACUCUACAAGCAGAUUGGGAGAAGGGCGAGAUAGUCUACAUCAUCUUCUCCGUGCAGGACACGGGUCGUGGCUUGAGCGACGAAGAACAUCAGCUCCUUUUCGCACGCUUUUCGCAAGCGUCUCCGCGCACACAUAUCGACUAUGGUGGUUCCGGUCUGGGCCUCUUCAUCUCACGAAAGCUUACUGAGAUGCACGGCGGCGCUAUCGGCUUCGCAUCUAAAGCCGGCAUCGGAAGCACAUUUUCCUUCUACGUGAAGAGCCGUAGAAGCACUAUUCGCCCCAACUUCAACCGGUCGGAAAGCGAUGCGGCCGUUAGCUUAAGCAUACGUGCGCAAAAGACGCUGCUUUCAAGUCGAUCGCGCAACGAAUCGGACGAACCACUCCAAGCCUCCGCUCCUGCGAACGACAUACCCAACAAAGACCUGCACGUCCUCAUCGUCGAAGACAACCUCGUAAACCAGCGCGUCCUGGCCAAGCAGCUACGGAACACGGGUAUGCAGGUCGCAGUCGCGAAUCAUGGUGGAGAAGCUCUUGACUAUCUGCGCACAACAAAGUACUGCAUCUCCGAUGGCUCUGGAAAGCCACUCGCACUCAUCCUCAUGGACUGGGAGAUGCCCGUCAUGGAUGGGUUGACGUGCGUUAGGAACAUCAGAGAGCUUCAGAAAGAAGGCGUUGUUAGAGCGCACGUGCCGGUCAUCGCGGUGACGGCUAAUGUGAGGAGCGAGCAGGUAGAAGUGGCGUUGAAGGCGGGAAUGGACGAUGUGAUAAGCAAACCAUUCAGGAUACCGGAGCUUUGUGCUUGUAUACAGAAGACGUUGAGGAAUACGGCUAGGUCAUAG